GUCCUGAUGAUGACAUUUAUCUAGAUAGGUUAGAAAUUUAUUUGUAAUAGUAAUGUUUCUAACAUUUUAAAACUUAAAUAAUUAGUAACAUUAUCUAGUUGCUAUUUUAUUAGCAAGUGUGAAAUAGUCAUGAUGAGAAUGGACAGAGAUGAGUCCGACGAGCGUACCCUAUGGUGUGGAAAUAUCUCUGACCAAGUAUCUGAUGAAGUCUUAUAUGAACUAUUUCUUCAGGCUGGUCCUUUGGAAAGUGUUCGAAGACCAAGAGAUCCAAAUGGACGACCCAAAUCGUUUGCAUUUAUUGUCUUUAAGCACGAAUGCUCUGUGCCUUAUGCUUUGGAACUGUUAAGAGGAGAGAAACUGUUUAACAGACCCUUAAACCUGUCUGGUCGUAGCAGACUGCAUCACAUUCCAGUGCUUGACACUCACAUAACAGAGUUCACUGAGCAAGAAGUCCAUCCUCCAAGAAUAGAAGAAAGGAAUCACAGAGAUAAAAGACGUUCAGAUAAGGAGAAAGAUAGCAAGGAACCUUCGUCAUGGGCUGAAGUGAACGCAUUGCGAGGACAAAGUUCACUCAACGGUCAUUCAAUGAGGAAUGAUCUACAAGGACGCUCUAGCCAAAGUAGAGAUUCAAGAAACUACUCAGAAACGCAGAAUGUUCCAGGUUUUGCCAACUAUGAACAGCUGCUCCAAUUGGGAAAUCAGAUGUUACCAAUGGGACUGGGAAUGCCUUCUUUUGCAGGAGGUUCCAUGGGUCCAAUGGGCCCAAUGAAUCUUAUGGGUAUGAUGAAUCCUAUGGGUAUGAAUCCUAUGGGUAUGAUGAGCCCUGGUAUGUACCCGAGUAUGCAGGAUAUGAGUGGAGGUAGACGUAACUCCCCAGAGAAGGACAGAAGAAAUGAUCAUUACGAAGAGAGAAGAAACAGAAGAGACCACCCCUACCAUGAUAAACGUCAUGAGAGUCAGCUUGAUAAUAGAUAUCAUGAUGAUCGCAGUCAUAGGCGUCAUGAUAGAGGUUACUCAUCCUCUAAAUCAUCACACGAACGUGAAAGGAGAGACAGAAGAAGCCGUUGAUUUCAAAUUUUAAUGACUAUUGGUAAAAAUAGUGUGUAAUGUUUUAACAUGAAGGAUUUAAAACGCAUCAUUUCCUCUGUUUGUGAAUAUAUUGAAAAUUUAUGUAUUUAGAGAUAUUAAAUUUUUCAGGAAUGUAAAUAGUAAAA